GGUUUUGAUAUAUCUCCCCUAUACUCUUUUAAUUCUUCUUUCAUUUCUCAUCUUUAUUUCUGAUUUUGGCAGAUUAUUACAACUUUGCAAAUUGAAUUUCCCAGAUCUGCACAUUUGUAAAUUAAAGUCUCUUGUUCUGUUAUGAGGUCACUUGGCCAACAUGUCCUACUUAUUGUUUCCUGUGAGUGGUGGACACAGCAUUAUAGUUACUGCCACUCCCUGCCUAUAGGUGUUUAUCCCCAAGGGUUCCCAGGACAACAGACUGAGCAGAACUGAGUGUUGUUAGUUACCUGUACACAAGAAGGUCACUAUUCUCUUCAGGAGGAAAGACUGACAGUCAUCCCCAAGAGUCCAAGAGGAGUCGGAAAAUAAUGGGGCCUGUACCCCUGGUCCUUCACUUUGUGGCCCUCUGGCUCAUCCAUUCAGUCUACGGACAAGCCGAAUUCCUGGAUCUUCCAGCCACAGUGUCCCUGCCCGAGAGCUCAGCCCCUGGAACCUCAGUCUACAAGUUCACUGUGGUGAACUGCAGCAGCAGCAACCCAACCAUCACAAUCACCAAAGUAACUCCCUCCACCAGUUACUUCAACACUCCAACACAGUCUGUAGCUGGAACUGAUGAAUUUGCUUUAGAGAUCACACUCAGCAGCUCGGCAGCUCUAAACGCAGAUGUGGUGAAUCAGUAUGUACUGGAGAUCACAGCGCAAUGCGGCAACGAAACGGUCACUGGUCAGCUCUUUGUCGGGAUCUUAGAUGACAUCCCAGAACCACAGUGUGAACCACAGUUCUCCAGCCAAGUUGGAGACACAGUACAGGUGUAUUCCAGUGUUCCUGCUUCCAGCACCAUAUACAUCAUUGUCUUACGGCAGCCAAAGUACACUCCGGUAACGUAUAAGAUAACAAAGCCCAGUCCGUCACCGCUCACCAUCAAUUCGAAUGGACACAUCCUCGCUCCUGCCUCAGGAUUCAGCAAUACAGCGGCUACCUACCAGUUGCAGAUCACUGUAACCGACAGUCUGGGGAACAUGUGUAACGGGACGCUCACUGUCAAAGUACUCCCUGUCUACAACAACCCCGUCAACUUCACGAGCUCGUCUGUUUCUGUCACUAUAAUGGAAAAUGGCGGACCCAACCAGUUUGUGACUGUGGUGAAGGCACAAGGCAGUAAUGUACUGUAUGAGAUGAUAAACCCCAGCACGUCAUUCUACAUUGAGUCAGGAUCUGGAACCAUCAGAACAACCUACAAUCUGGAUUUGGAAAAAUUUCCAUCACUGGUCAAAACGGUUCUCGAGGUCAGAGCUUAUGACCGCUAUAAAAGAAGCAACAGUGCAACCGUUACAGUAACCAUCACAGUGCUGGAUGUCAAUGAUAUCGCCCCAAACUGCAGCCCAGCAAUCGUAGUGGAUGUGGUUCCCCAGUCCGCUCCUGUUGGUUACUUAUUUAAGGAUUUCACCUGCACAGAUCCAGAUUAUAACAGCACAGCGCUCAGUUAUUCCAUCGUCCCCAAUACCAACUCUUUGUACUCCUUCAAGAUGCAGGGCUCUUCGCUAAUGAUUAAUAACACACUGAAUUACGACUCCUAUGAGAUGGCAAGCGUCAACUUCCAGUACUCAGCCACAGUGGUGGUGACAGACAACGGAACACCCAAAAUGACCACCAAUAUUCCGGUUUUUAUCACGGUCACUGCAGUCAAUGAUUAUAAUCCUAUAUGUGUUGGGCCAUCAACCUUCUCAGUUAAUGAGAAUGCUCCAUUUGGGACAGUUGUGGGGCGGAUAAAUGCCACUGAUGCUGACUACCCAUUCAACAAUGUUCAGUUCUCCAUUGAAGGAGGCCAAAAUCCACCGGUCUUCUACGUUGUACCGAGAACCGGGGAAAUUAAGCUGCUUGGACCCUUGGACUAUGAGACCACAAGGAGCUACUCACUGUAUAUGAAGAUAGUUGACCUCAACAAUGACAACCAACCAGAUCCUCUAAAACAGAGGACGACUUUCUGCACCAUCACAGUCAGUGUAACGGAUUAUAACGACAACCCCCCAGUCUGCACUCCGCCUUUUUAUUUCACAGAAAUCUACUCCACCCUGCUAACUACAGUCCCUUUCAAAACAUUAACCUGCAGUGACCCAGAUGCAACAGCGCAGCUGUCCUACAAGAUCGUGGGAGGCAACACUAACAGCCGUUUUCGUCUGAAUGGCGCCUCUGUGCUGCAUAAUCCGUUCUCCUUUAACCCGGACGGCGUAAUGGAUCCACUGAACUAUGAGCUACUCAUUGAAGUGACAGACAGUUCGGUUUCCCCAUUGUUCAGCAUCACAGCGACCGUAUAUAUAACAGUAAUUCCAUGGACCACUACACAGCCAACAACAACUACAACUACUCCGACACCAGAGAAACAAACACUGAUAGUCAAUAAGACCCUGGAAUACUGGCAGCCAGAUGUCUGGUUCAUGGUUAUCCUGACAAUAACUGGGGUUCUCUUACUGUCUGCUAUUGGAUUACUGACGUGGGCAUUAUGCAAAGGAAGCCCAUUAUGUGCACAAGGCACAAAGGAGUUAACACAGCCCCUUCUGCCUGACAGCUCAGUAACAAAUAGAGACGCAGUUACUGAAUCCCAGCCACCGCCAGCCAAAGAGAAGAAGGAUGUCGCCCCAUUGAGUCCCCUCAGCCUGCAGUUUGAUGGCCGAGCACAAGAUCCAGUUUCCGGUCGUGAAUAUCUCUUCAACAGUCACACGGGGGAAAGACGCUGGAUAUGAAGAAAAAGGACAUUAACAUUGUGACUAUGCGCACCUUAUAUGGCAGAAGAUGAAGAAGAUACCUAAAAUGAAGAAGAUCUGGAUGAAUCUAAAUAUCUUCUGAUCAUUUUUGACAACAGAUAAGACUAAUCAUAUGUGUCAGUCAUCGACCCAAAAUCAUUGUCUACUUUCUUAAGUUUCUUUUUCAGUUGUCCAGCUCCUGAUUUAUCCUAGAGUUAAUUGUAUACAAGUAUGGAAAAAGCAACAUCUACAGGACACAAAAUAAACUUAAAUCUGUUAAAUAAAUUGUUCAGCACUUAUCAAAAUGGUUAAGUAAUCUGAAUAAUGUGUAAAUUAAUGAUGUGUCAUAUUACUGGGA